CAAGCAAGUACAGGAAACACCACGUCGGUCGUUGUUCUCGACAUCAAAAAAAUUCAGAGUGAAUAAAAUUUUCUGUUCGGCAUUUUUUUUGGUUCAAUUCGCAACCAACCGGUUAAGAUUUUUCAAUUCAUUCAACGAAUGCAUUAUAUUUUAAUAUAGAAAUAUAUUUUUUAUAUUCUUUAUAAAUUUUACUAAUCUUCAAAAGUAAUUUUCCAACAAAAGCAAACAAAAAAAAACGGUUUGAAAAAAAAGCCUUUUCAAUUUUCAUAUUGCUCACACGCAACCCUGUUAUCGCAUUUACAACGCAAAAAAGAGAAAGCAUUAUUAUACACCAUCUCCACAAAAACCCACGGCUGGAGAUUUUCCUCACUAUUUCCAUCUCUUUCUAACUGCUGUCUUAUUGCACUUAAAAAGUGAGAUAGAGACACCUAAUUGAUAGAGAAAAAGAAUAUCAAACUGCACGAAACAACAGCAGAACACGUAAAAAACGACAGUGAGAUGCCGCCAUUUUCAUUAAUUCCACAUUCUUUCGUCGAUUCUUCUCUUUCAGUUACGUUUCGUCGGUGAGACUCGCGAGUGUUGUUGAAUCAAAAAAAAAAUCAUCGAGUGUUUGAAAGAAGAAAUUUUAUUAUUUUUAUUCGAUGCGCGACAUAUCUGUACUGUGCCGUUUUGUCCCCGCAGUCUUCUAUAAUCAAAUCAUAACAAGCACAAGACCAAUUACACUAAUUGAUUAAAAUAAAUAAUCAGAAAAAAAAAAGUUGCAAGUUUUCUUUCCUUUUUCUGCAUAAAAUUAGUUGGCGCCCGCUGCUUAGGAGCGCAAACCUUUUUAGCUUACUCUAGGUUUUUAUUUUUCUUUUUUUUGUGGCUUUUUUUUUGGUUCAAUGAUGAAGAGAAUUGUUCAAACGACGACGGCGACAAAUAAUCGAAAGGUGUACGGCGGUGCAACAUCACAACAACAAACAGUCAACUCAACAGACAUGAAUCCAAUGAACAGUGCAGUUCGAAAAAUACACAAUUUAUUAUCAAGUGGCGCUGUGACCGUGACCGGACCAAAUCAGCCGCGAAUUUUAAAACAAAAAGUCGGUGCAACCAUUGUUUCCUCGACAACAAAUUCAACAACAAACAAUGUCCAACAGCAACAACAACAACAAAAUAGCACCAAUAACAUAUUGGGUAGAUGUUACAUUUGUGACGAUUCAACAAAUGGAACUCAAAAUCAAAUGCUUACCGACAUGGUCACCUCACAUACAAGCACCAAGUUUCCCAAUAAAAUUGGUCAACUGGUUGGCGAUGCGUUUAUGGUGAUUGUUAGUGUGGAAGAUGUGGUUUGUCCAAGGUGUAACAAUCUUAUAAACUACUUGGAUCGACUGGAGAACGAUGUGGAACGAGUUCGUAAUAAUAUUAUGAAUUUGCUUCACAAGAAGUAUGGGCUGAAUGAUGAUUCGUCGUCGUCAGCAUCUGUGGCCGCCGCAUCAUCUGCAUCACCAGCACAAACGUUAUCUAGUGGAGGAGGUGGUGGUGGAAGUGGUGUUGGUGUGAGUGGUGUGGUGAAUCAGCAGCAAAUAUCAGCAUCAGCUUCACCGCCCAUUAAAAUGCAAAAGCUCAAUAGUGGCAAUGUAGUUAACCGUGUUGUUAACUUGAAUGACGAUGGAGCAGAUGCCCGGUCGAGAAAGGUGAGUGCUGUUCAGCAAAUCAAAAUAACACCACCGCAAAUUCAGCAACAGCAGCAGCAACAACACCAACAGCAACAACAGCAGCAAGUUACCCAAAUUAUCACCCAACAACAACAUCAGCAGCAACAACAACAACAGCAGCAGCAACAACAACAAAUGCAACAAGCCCAGCCCCAUGUUAUAACUACGCAAAAGCUAUUGCAAGAAACAAUUGACGAGGCUCUCAGUGAGUCAUCUGAGGCUGGAGUUGAUUCUAAAGCAAUUCGAUUCUUUACUUGUCAUAUCUGUUCGCUGACCUUCAUCCAAGAGAACUACUACAACCAACACAUGGAAACACACAAAUCGCAAACACAAAAGAAGACCACCUCUUCAGCGUCUCUAACAUCAACUGUUUCAAGUGCGGGUGUAAGCACAACAUCGUCCACAUCAUCGGCGAGUGUAAGCCAGAGUUUGAUUCGUGGCGAAGGCAAGGAUACAAGUGAAUCCAGCGGCAUGGUAAUGAGCUCCAAUGCCAACAACACAGCAUCAAUACUGGAAGCAGACAUUGAGAGCAUUUUUGAAAAAAUGCAUUCCGAUAAGUCUGACAAUGAUGUUGGAGGCAAUGGACAAGCUUCUGGUGGUGGAGGAGAUGGAGCAGGAGGUGAUAAUCUGGUGAUCACAAGUCAGGAGAAUGCUGUCGGUGGAAUUACCUUUAACAUAACUAUCCCACAACCAGAUUCUGCUGAAGCAGGCAAUGAUGGUAAUGCCAAACAACAACAACAGCAACAAAGAAGUGGAGACAAUUCUUCAGCACCUGUCGCCGUUAGCAUUGACAUGCCUGUAUUAGAUCAUCCCGAUGAAGGCGUCGAUAAAUCAGCCGAUUCAAGUGAAAAACCAUCGUCUACCGAUGAAAGUUCGAAAAAACCCAACAGCCCUGCAGGUGCAUCAGGAUCCGCCGCCCAACCAGUUAGCAUGCCCAGCUUAGACGACGACAAUGAGGCUCAUGACAGUAACAGUCAGCAUUCGACUGCAACAAUGGACCAACAGCAAGCGCAGCAAGAAUCUCAAGCUGCAGCAAACGCCGAGUCCGAAGAGCAACAACAACAGCAGGAAGCCCAGCAACAGCAACAAGAACAGGCCGAACAGAGUCAAAAUGAAGAAAACCAACAAAAUAUGGCUAACGCCGAUCAAGUUCAAAUGGACUUGGAUGAAAUGCAGGCCGGUGUCGAAGGUGGUCAAAUCAAAUUCAUCCUCAAUGAAAACGGUCAACUACUACAGUUGGACAACCACAUUAUUACCGAUGCCGAUGGCAACCAGAUUCUUGUGCAAGACAGCGAACAGAUUCAACAACUUCUGCAGAGUGUUGGUGUAUUACAGACUAGCGAUGGCUUAGAUGGAGAGACACUCCAAAUGAUUGGAGACAACAAUCAAAUGGUGAUUGUACAACAAGGCGACAAUGAGCCACAACUUAUUGAUGCAUCUCUACUUAAUGCCGAUGGGCAUAUUGUUAUCCAGCAGGGUCAGGACGGCGAAUUGGGGGAGGGAGCUCAUGUUAUUGGUGAAGGUGGUGUUCGAAUUCCCGUGUCCGUUUCAUAUACUGCUGAUGGACAGCCGAUUGUGCAAGUCACACAGCAGACAGAGGGAGUCGAAGGAAAGGAAAUGGAAGGUACCGUCAUUACAACGACAGCUGGUGGUGAAACAGCCGUCACUCAGAGCCUCUCCCAAGCCCCCGGAAGUUAUUUUGCGUUAGAAGACUUGAUGCAACAGCCUGAACAAUCAAAGUCAUCUGAUUAAACAAAUUCAUUACUGUUUUGAUAUCUUAAAAAUGGGGUCUGGAGCCCAAUUGAUUGCAAAAACAAAUUGGGUAAUUGUAAAUUUUAAAAUAAAAAUAUAAAUCACUAAUAUUGUAUCCAAUGGUGUGACCCCCUAUCAUCACCACAAGCAAAUACUAUCAUCAUACAAAAAAAAAAUAAAUCUGUUUAUUAGAAUUUCCAACAUUAAACAAAAAAAAAAAUAUCCCCAACACAACAUAAAAUUUAAAAACAAAAAGAAACCUUCCUUCUCGUAAUGUAUAUAUAUAAAUUUUUAAUUUAAUGAUUUUUUUUUCGGCUCGGUUUUGAAUUCUAAAUACACAAACUGUUUGCUACUACACACAGAGAAAAACAAAAAAAUAAAUAAAUGGUCAUUCGUGGUAUCUUUGAUUUACCACAAGCAAGCAAGCAAAGAAAAUUUACUGUACAUCGCAAUAAUAUCGCGGACUUAACACAAAAUAAUCGUUUUUAAAAAGCAAUGACUAAAUGCAUACAAAAAGUUAUACAAUUAUUUGAAAGGAUUAAAUAAUUAAAUAUAUAAAAAAAAAAAAAAUAUUACAACACUAUUUCACUAUUUUAU